AUGCACGACCGCGGCGAUGGGGUGAAACCGGUCGGCGAAUCCCGACGCCUGGUCGCCGCCCUCAGGCAGGAGCGCCCCGACCUGCGGGUGUACUACACCGAAACCGACAUCUUCCGCCAGGUGAUACCCGACGCCGACACCGCCUGGAUACCCCGCCUGAAAGGCGCCUGCCAGCUCUCCCGCCACAUGUACCACAUCAUCCGUGUCGCCCAAUAA